CCGGCGGCAUCAGUUCAGUCACGGUCAAGCUUUGUUGUGGUGAGGAGCACUUGGCUGCGACUGACUGUUUGGUGACUGAAUUUGCUUUACCAGCGUUGUUUCCCCUAGAAUACUCAAGUGAAUAUUUGUAUUGACAUUAUUAAAUACCCUCCAUAUAUAUUAAAGUUUACCUUAGAAUCCGAGUGUCUUCUUCUAAUUGACAGCAGGAGCGCGACGAGCAUGAGCCUUCCGUGGGAGUACCCUGAGAAGCAGGGCCUGUACGACCCCUCGUACGAGACCGCAGCGUGCGGUGUCGGCUUCGUCGUCAACAUCGAUGGAGAAUCCUCACCUAAGAUCAUCCGCGACGCCGAAAGGCUGGCGUCGCGGAUGAAGCAUCGCGGCGCGUGCGGCUGCGACAACGACACCGGCGAUGGCGCAGGCGUGAUGGUCGCCAUGCCGCACUCCUUCUACCGCUCCAUCCUGAAAGAAGCGGACUUAGAACUGCCAGCUCCUGGCCGCUACGCGACGGGCAUCUUCUUCCUGGAGGAGUCGAGCGUCGUCGAGUCGCAGGGGCAGUUCGAGAACCUGGCCACCGCGCACGGCCUCAAAGUGCUGCACUGGAGGCGGGUGCCCGUGGACAGCAGCGUGCUGGGCAAGGUGGCCAAGAGCACAGAGCCUCUCCAGAUGCAGGUCUUCGUCAUCCCUCCUGAUGAUCUUGACGACCACGCCUUCCACAGACAGGUGUGGGUGCUGCGUAAGCGAGCAUCUCACCGCCUGCCAGCCCCCGGCCGCCGCUUCUACGUGUGUUCGCUGUCAACCACGACGAUGGUGUACAAGGGGCAGCUCACGUCUGAUCAGAUCUGGACAUACUUCCUCGACCUCGCCAGCGCUGACUUCCAGACGUACCUGGCCCUGGUGCACACACGCUUCUCCACCAACACCUUCCCCUCCUGGGAGCGAGCUCAUCCUCUCAGGAUGAUGGCCCACAACGGCGAGAUCAACACGCUGCGUGGCAACGUAAACCUGAUGACGGCGCGUGAAGGCGUCAUGAAGAGCGCCGUGUUUGGCAAAGACUUGCCCACGCUGUACCCCGUCGUCGAGCCCAACCUCUCAGACUCCGGCGCUGUCGACUGCUGCCUCGAGUUCCUGGUCAUGGCAGGCGGCCGCUCCCUGCCCGAAGCGAUCAUGACGAUGGUGCCCGAGGCGUGGCAGAACGACCCUAACAUGCACCCUGAGAAGCGCGACUUCUACCGCUGGGCGGCCUGCGCCAUGGAGCCCUGGGACGGCCCCGCUCUCAUGACCUUUACUGACGGCCGAUACAUCGGCGCCAUCCUCGACAGGAACGGUCUUCGCCCUUCGCGCUACUAUGUCACCAAUGACCGGGUGCUCGUCAUGGCCUCCGAAGUGGGAGUUUAUGACACCGAACCGUCCAAUAUCCUGACGAAGGGUCGGCUGAAGCCUGGCCGUAUGCUGCUCGUGGACACCUUCGAGAAGAUCGUCAGCAAGGACGAGGAACUCAAGCUGCAGAUCGCACGAUCUCGGCCUCACGCCGAGUGGAUCAAAGAACAGAUGUUCACCAUGGCUGACCUCUACGCGGUGCACGAAGGCAGCCUGCCUACGAUGGAGCACCAAACACCCGUCACGUCGCCCACCACCUCCAGCCCCGUGGGUGAAGGCGUCACCAGGACAUAUGGAGGCGACCGCCGCCUGCCUGCCUUCGGCUACACUCUCGAGACGAUCAGCAUGCUGCUGCUGCCCAUGGUCAAGACUGAGAAGGAAGCCUUGGGUUCGAUGGGCAACGACGCGCCGCUGGCGUGUCUAUCCGAGUACCAGCCGCUCAUGUACGAUUACUUCAAGCAGCUCUUCGCUCAGGUCACCAACCCACCCAUCGACCCCUUCAGGGAGCGCAUCGUCAUGUCACUCGCCUGUCCUAUCGGUCCUCAAGCGAACAUCCUGGAGCCGUGCGCCGAGCAGUGCCACCGCCUCUUCCUGGAGAACCCCAUUCUCUCCCUCAACGACCUGCAGGUGCUGAAAGCGACGCGUCACCGCAACUGGUGCUCGCAGAUCAUCGACAUUACGUUCCCUGCCAGCGACGGACCUGCCGGCCUGCAGGCCGCCAUCCAGCGCGUCUGCGACGAGGCCUGCGUCGCCGCCAAGGAGGGCCACCAGAUCCUUGUCCUCUCUGACCGCGCUAUGGGCCCUGACAGGGUUGCGGUGAGCGCGUUGAUGGCUCUGGGCGCCACGCACCACCACCUCAUCGAGAAGCGCCAGCGCAUGAAAGUUGGUCUCGUCCUCGAGACGGGCGAGGCCAGGGAGGUACACCACAUUUGCCUGCUGGUGGGUUAUGGCGCUGACGCGGUGUGCCCUUACCUCGUGUUCGAGACCAUGGCGUCUCUCAGGGAGGAAGGAGUCCUACCUCAGGACCUGGACGAUCACACAAUAUAUAAGAACUACAGCGCUGCCAUGGACCGCGGUCUGUCGAAAGUCAUGGCAAAGAUGGGCAUCUCGACGCUUCAGUCAUACAAAGGCGCCCAAAUCUUUGAAGCCGUUGGCAUCUCGGCUGAGAUCAUUGAUACCUGCUUCAAGGGCACGGCGUCGCGUCUGGGCGGCGUGACGAUGGCUAUGGUGGCAGAGGAGCAGUUCCAGCGACACCUGCUGGCGUACGGCGAGCGCGAGUGCGACACUCUCACGCUUCGCAACCCAGGCUUCCUGCACUGGCGGGCUGGUGGCGAGAAGCACAUGAACGACCCUGACUCUGUGGCCCACCUUCAGGAAGCUUCACGCAGCAACAGUAACAACGAGUACGACAAGUUCCUCGAGCACACGAUGAAGAGCAUCAGGGAGUGCACGCUCAGGGGGCAGCUCGAGCUCAACAAGAUCGCCGCGCCCAUUGACAUCUCUGAGGUUGAGCCAGCGUCUGGGAUCGUGAAGAGGUUCGUGACGGGCGCCAUGAGCUUUGGUUCGAUCUCCAUGGAGGCUCACUCCACUCUCGCCAUCGCCAUGAACCGCGUGGGGGCAAAAUCCAACACCGGGGAAGGAGGCGAAGACCCCGAGCGCUACACUAACCAGGACCCGAACAACAACCGCCGCUCCGCCAUCAAGCAAGUGGCCAGCGGACGCUUCGGAGUCACCGCCGCGUAUCUCGCCAACGCCGACGAACUCCAGAUCAAGAUGGCUCAGGGGGCCAAGCCUGGCGAGGGCGGAGAGCUGCCUGGAUAUAAAGUGUCUGAUGGCAUCGCCAAGACCCGUCAUUCUGUUCCUGGCGUGGGCCUCAUCUCCCCUCCGCCACACCACGACAUCUACAGCAUUGAGGACCUCGCUGAGCUCAUUUACGACCUUAAAUGUUCUAAUCCGAACGCGCGCAUUUCCGUUAAGCUCGUCUCCGAAGUCGGCGUCGGCGUCGUAGCUUCUGGUGUGGCGAAGGGCAAGGCAGAACACAUCACCAUAUCAGGACACGACGGAGGCACGGGAGCCAGCAGCUGGACUGGCAUCAAGAACGCUGGUCUGCCCUGGGAGCUGGGCAUCUCUGAGACCCACCAGACGCUCGUGCUCAAUAAUUUACGCUCGCGAGUCGUGCUCCAGGCUGAUGGUCAAAUCAGGUGCGGCUUCGACGUGGUCGUUGCAGCCAUUCUUGGUGCUGACGAAUUCGGCUUCAGCACCGCACCCCUCAUCGUCAUGGGAUGCACCAUGAUGCGCAAGUGCCAUCUCAACACGUGCCCUGUCGGAGUAGCAACGCAGGACCCAGAACUCAGGAAGAAGUUCGAAGGAAAGCCGGAGCACGUGGUCAACUACUUAUUCUUGCUGGCUGAAGAGGUCCGCAAGCAUAUGGCAUCUUUGGGCAUUCGCAAGUUCCAGGAUCUCAUUGGACGCACAGAUUUGCUCUCCGUACGCAAGUCUUCGAUGGCCAAAGUAAACACAGUCGACUUCUCCGCCAUCCUCAAGAAUGCGCUCACGUUGCGCCCUGGCACAAACAUCGUGGGUGGCUCCGUGGCUCAGGACUUCGAAUUAGAUAAACAUCUUGACAAUAUCCUCAUUGAACGAGCCGCUGGCGUAAUUGAAGGAACCGAAAAAUCGGUCGAUAUCAAAUUGGACAUUCACAAUGAGUGCCGCGCAGUUGGAGCCACUCUCUCGUACCGCAUUGCUUUGAAGUAUGGCGAUGCAGGGCUGCCUGAAGGGAGCAGCAUCAACAUUUCCAUGAAAGGCUCAGCCGGUCAGAGCUUCUGUAACUUUCUCUCUAGGGGCGUGCAUGUCACUUUGGAGGGCGAUUCCAAUGAUUACGUCGGAAAAGGUUUGUCCGGAGGUGAGGUUGUCAUUUUCCCUGAGAAAGAUCUUCCUGAAAACUUCAAAUCGGACGCGAACGUAAUCGUCGGAAAUGUGUGCUUAUACGGCGCCACGAGUGGUCAAGCUUUCUUCCGCGGGAUCGCAGCUGAAAGGUUUGCUGUGAGGAACUCGGGUGCUGUGGCUGUUGUUGAGGGUGUUGGCGACCACGGUUGUGAGUACAUGACCGGGGGCGUUGUGGUUAUUCUUGGAAUAACGGGACGAAACUUUGCUGCUGGUAUGUCUGGUGGCAUUGCUUACGUAUACGACAAAAACUUGGAGAAAAAGUGCAACACAUCAAUGGUUGAACUUCUACCACUGGAGAAGGAAGAAGAUCUCGCAUAUGUUGCGAACUUACUAAAGCUUUUCGUCGAGAAGACUGGAUCUAUUGUGGCCGAAGACAUCCUAUCAGACUGGCCUGCGAAAGCUUCCAACUUCGUGAAGGUGUUCCCCUAUGAGUAUCAGAGAGCUCUUCGUCAGAUUGCUGAACGUGAAGCUCUGAAAGAAGAAGAAAAGCUGCCUGUUAAGGAACCUGCCAAGAAUGAGCCCGUCGUUCAAGACAUAGAAGACACAAUUGCCGACUCCCAGCAGAUGGACAAGAGCAAGGCUGAGCGUAUCUUGGACAAGACACGAGGUUUCAUGAAGUACAAACGUCAGACAAAGACGUACAGAGAUGCAGAUGCACGCCAAAAAGACUGGGACGAAAUCUACAACCAUGAGAAUGUACGCAAAGGUCUGAAAACACAGGCUGCUCGAUGCAUGGACUGUGGAGUUCCUUUCUGCCAGUCUUCUCAUGGAUGUCCGCUCGGUAACAUCAUCCCUAAAUGGAACGAUCUAAUCUUCAAUGACAACUGGAAGGAAGCGCUGCAGCAGCUGCUGCAAACAAACAACUUCCCUGAAUUUACUGGCCGUGUUUGUCCUGCACCUUGUGAGGGCUCUUGUGUUCUUGGCAUCAACGAACUGCCAGUGACCAUCAAGAACAUCGAAGUGUCCAUCAUCGACCAUGCGUUUGAGCAAGGCUGGAUCAAGCCCGAAGUACCUCUGAGUCGCACGGGCAAGAAAGUUGCUGUUGUUGGAUCGGGUCCGGCAGGCCUUGCAGCCGCCCAUCAGCUCAACAAAGCUGGCCACAGUGUAACGGUGCUGGAGCGCAACGACCGAAUUGGCGGUCUGCUGCAGUACGGCAUUCCCACCAUGAAACUCAGCAAGGAAGUCGUCCAGCGGCGCGUGCAGCUGCUUGCUGCCGAAGGAGUGGAGUUCAAGACCAAUGCUUACGUGGGCAAGGACAUUUCUGCCAAAGAGCUGCGGGACUCGCACGACGCGGUGGUAUUGUGCAUGGGCGCUACUUGGCCACGAGACCUGCCCAUCGCAGGACGGUCUCUCAAUGGGAUUGAGUUUGCUAUGACAUUCCUGGAGACGUGGCAGAAGAAACAAAUGGGAAACGUCUUGGAUACAGAGCGGGUCACCGCCAGGGACAAGAAUGUCAUUGUUAUUGGUGGUGGUGACACAGGCUGUGACUGCAUUGCUACCUCACUUCGACAGGGAGCCAAGAGCAUCACCACCUUCGAGAUCCUGCCUCAGCCUCCGCCAUCCCGCGGCCGCGACAACCCCUGGCCCACCUACCCACGGGUCUUCAAGGUGGACUACGGCCACGAGGAGGUCCAACUCAAGUUCGGCCGCGACCCUCGCCAGUACAGCACCCUCACCAAGGAAUUUUUGGACGAUGGAGCUGGUAACGUGAAGGGCGUCAAAACGGUGCAGGUCGAGUGGACCAAGGACGAUGCCGGGCGCUGGAAGAUGGACGAAAUUGCUGGUACCGAGAAGGUGUACGAUGCAGAUCUGAUAUUGUUGGCCAUGGGCUUCCUGGGCCCUGAGAAGGACAUCAUCGGAGAGCUGGAGCUGGACCAGGACCCGCGCUCCAACAUCAAGACCCCUGCUGGCAAAUACGCUACGUCGGUCAGCAAAGUUUUCGCAGCAGGAGACUGCCGAAGAGGCCAGUCCCUGGUGGUGUGGGCGAUAUCCGAGGGCCGGCAGGCCGCCCGCGAGGUGGACGCGUUCCUCAUGCAGGGGAGGUCGUCGCUGUCCACCGUCGGUGGUCUCGUGGUCCUGCAGCAGCAGGGUUAAUUUCAGCGUCUAAAAACGACCACGUCCUUGCUCGUCAUAUCGAGCGUCGUCGUCAAAUGACGGAACACUGAUCUGCUCUCGUCUGAGCAUCGUCGGCUGGAGUGAGUUACAAGAUGGCAACUUACUGUUCUUGUUGUGUUAUGUGGCAGUUUGGAUAUGAAGACGUUUACAUUUCAAGUGUCUGGUGGACUCUCUGAAGCGUCUCUGUUGUUGUGAUGCUGAAAUCUUUAGCAUAAUUGGUUGGCAAUCUUGAUACAAUUCAUGCAAUAUCCUCUUCCAUAAUUUUACUGAUAAAUUUCUUGUAGAUGUUCUUGCACAAGCAUUUUAUUCAUCAUCAAAACUGGGCAGCAUAGUAAGUAAAUAUUCAGCUCGGUCUUGGCUACUAGAGUCGAGUAUCUUUUGAAUUUUCCAUAAUUAUCGGCCAUUUGUGCGUCUGGAAGAAGACUUAUGCUCGUGUAAGAGCGGCAAUAAGUGAGAGGCUCGUACGUGUGUUGGAUCGUGCAAUAUAUUCUGUGGCUUAUUAGUGUGUUCCGAGCUCAUGAGGGUGAAAAUAGUUUCUUGAGCGUUUUACAUUCAUAAGUGAAAGCAGAUGCUUUAACGAGAUGAGCAAUAUACGGUGAAACUCUUCGUCAUAGAAUAUAUCGAAUUUAAAUAGAUCAAAUGUUCUUAGGGUGAAGUCGUUGCGUGAUAUUGAUCCUGAAUAGAGCCUCCCUCCAGCUACUUGCUGUGUCUUAGGUUAAGAGUUUGAUGUCAUCCACGGUGUACUCACAACGCUGACUACAUUAAAUUAUACCUCACGACGCCUUACAUGCACGCUAGCAUUUUAUGUUCAUUAUGAGGGCAAGGUUCCCUGUGGUGGACGGUAAAAUUGACAGCUUUAAAUUAUAUUUUUGUUGCAAUAUUUGCAACUUUAAAGUCUGAUCUUUCUCAACUUUGCGCUCUAUGUUAUCUGUGUUGGAAAGUUUAAAGCUGCAACUGAAUUUUUGCCUCAUCGAAGACUUCAUCAGUAUUGCACCGUCAGUAUUGCAGUUUUUAUUGCACCACUGACGGUACUGUAAGUUGAUUAUGUUUUCAAUGAUGUUAAUGAUAUUCCUGUAGUGAUGUUUGUACUGCCACAAUUGUAGUAUCAAUGCAUGGUCAUCUAAAUGCAUGUACAAGGAAAUAGAUACAUGAAGAAACGCCCAUGUCAUGUCUGAGAUUAAUGAUAAUUUCCUUAAUUGCUGUACUUAUUUUUAAUAUUUGUAAAUAGUAUCUUUUGCCAUUUACUUUCUUGCUUGAAUAAUUUCAUUCAAUAAAUGUAUCCUCACCUUUUUAUGCUUUUAUUUGUUGACCUUAUACAUUUAUUCCGUAGAUUUAGACUGAAAAUGCGACCGGACUUGCACCUUGGCCCCUCCGUAUCUGACUUCGAUCUCGUAUUUUCACAUUUAAUGUGAUUUCUAUUUGUGUUUGGUUGUGUUGCUAUCUAGUCAGUAGAAAUUUUACUCUUUUUUGCAUCGCUUCUACUGCAAUAUUAUAGUGGAAAAUAUUUUUGUUAAAGUUGUAAAGUAGUUUCUGAAUCCUUGCUGCCGAAAUCCACUUCCAGAAUGCAAUCGGCACGGUGAAUGCCGAACACACUAAAGUGAAUCAUUGAAUUCACGUUCAUCGCUAUUUUUUGAACAUCAUUACUCUGGACGCUUUUAACUUCUUUGUGCACGCAUUCCUCAAAGCUCCUUGUUUGAAGUGCAUGUGUGAGCCGCAUAAACGAGCCUGUCUGCUGUCCCUGUGAGGUAUUUCUGGGCGAAUUGUUGCUGGUGCGCCACCGCUACCGUAAACAGCCUUUGAUUUACUGCCCUUCCUUAAGGUUUCAUCAUAACUCUGACUUUAUGAGAGAAACUCCCGUAAGUCGCAAAAUCAUUCACUGCUGUUUCUGUGUCAAUAUGAAUCCUUUCCCUAAUGCUUUUUGCAUUUGUUUGUAGAAUGUAAUCAUUCAUAUAAUUUUGACUGAGAAGCAUGCAAGAGCGUUUAGCAUACAGGCUGCAAUCGUGAAUAGAAUAGACCAGCUAGCCUUGUAGAUUCGAACAGCCGCUAUUCAAUUAAUCAGGCCUUUACGACACUGAAAACUUGUCCUGUUCACGUCGUAGUGAAUCUAAUCCAUCCUGAGUUGCAUCGACGUCUCUACGUAUUAGCUAAUUUACGUGUAUUUAUGAUUGUCAUAAAUUUAGUAUGGGUUUACUAAAUUCGAUUUCCGUAUAGCAGACUAAUUCCUUCCACUAGGUGCCCACUGUAUGAAAAGAACUAUCUAGAUUACUAAAUAAGUUUCAACGUUUAAGCCCUCCUUAGACCUACAAGCGGACAACUGCGGUUGUGUGUUCUGCGACUCUAGGAAAAUUAAAUGUUUGAUUAUUUGAUAUUUCAGUACUUCUAGACAAUUGAUUUUCAAACACUUAUUUCUAAUGAAAAAAAUUUUCUGGUUAACGAAAAUCGAUUUUCAUUAACUAAUCGAUUUCGUUUUCUCUAUUUUUUAAUGUUAUAUUUUAGGGGCAUAAGCACAGUCGACUUUAUAUAUGUCAUAUGAUUGAUCCUUGCUCUUUACCAUACAAGGUGAACAAUGUAAGUUAUAGAUUGAGCAGCUACACAGCACACUGUUAAGAACUUGGUCAUGAUUUAAAUUUAAUUUAACAUCUUAUGCUCUACAGCGCAUCAUUUAAUGACCACCCAAAUAAUAGCGUAAGUUAGGAGUGAUUAUGAAGUGACUUGGUUAGUGAACAAUUUAGAAGAUAUUGAGAUGUUGCUCCUAUUGUAGUAGUUGAACGUUCGUAUCUAUAGUGGAAUGUUGCUCUGACUUAGCGCAAAUAAGUGUAGAUUAAGGCUCUGUCCUUGCGACUGUCUUCCAAUAUGUCUUCCUGGGGACUUAGGGUGGCCAGUUCUUUCCUUAAAUCUAUAAUUGAUUUCCCUUCAUUCAAUGCAUUUCUAACCUUCUGUAGUGUUAAGUUCAACUGAGUCACAAGUUCUCUAUAAUGUUCUGAGCUGAGCUGCCUACGUUACGAGAGAGUUGGUAUUGAUGUUGGGGAGGCAUGUUUACCUCCAUCAUGAAUUCACAUAAAUUCAAUGGUAUGGCUUUAGCGACGAGAUUACUUGCAAUGUGCUUUUCAGCUUCCUUUCUCAUUUAUAUUUAUCAUGAAUGACAUUUAUGAUUUCCCGUCUCAUUAAUGAUAGAAGACAAGAUCCACUAUCUAAUUUUUAUGUUUUUUCUUUCUUUUUUUAUCACGUAAUUUUAUUUGAUUCUCGUUAGCAGCAUUUUUUCUAAAGAAACCUUCGUUGUUGGUAUUGGUUAUAUAAGUUAUGUGCUUGCUAAAAGCUUCGUCCCAAUAAACUGAAGCAAGAGCUGGCCACCCUCGUCCCCAUGGCGGUUGAACGCCUCAACUCUGCCAUCACUUGGUGUGUCUACAAGAGAUUGUGUCUUGGAUGUUUCUGAGGCUUUCCAACCAUCACGUGCGUUGGGUUAAAUGUUAGUCCUCUAUGUGAUUGAAACGUGAAUGUGUGAUGCUAAUAGAGGAUACUAUUCCUCGUCUUAACGUUACCUAGAUUAGCUAGCGAGCCAGUAUUCAUAUCAGAUUAACAGUAUUAAACUCAUGUCGUUCAAGUUAUUACUGUGGUUUUAUCAUGAAAUGAUAUGGCUUAGUAUGAAGGAUUAUUGUUAUUAUGUAAGGUAAGACACAAUGUAACGACAAAAUCAGUCGAUCUUUCUGCGAGAAUGAACCGUAUUCAAUUAAUUGCCCAUCAGUUUAGCAAUUUGUAUUAAAGGCUACGAAGUACGUUAUUGCCGUAAAGUAUUUGCGUCCUUAGCAUCUAGACUAGUGAGUUCCACUAUCAUAACCUACGCGUAUCUAUUAAAAAAUUCGUUCUAGCCUAUUUUAAUCCGGAGAAAUGAAUUUUCCCACUAGAUUGAGGAUGUCUCUUAGCCCAUGUAUUCAACAGAGUUUACCGAUAAUUGAAGUGACGGAGGGUUGUAAGGGGGUUGCUGAACUGUGUGCUCCAGGUUAUAUGGGUUAUAUACUAUUGGUUGAAUAGGAGACAUUAUUUAUGCUUUCUUAACUUAUUAUUAUAUGUAAUUCGUCUACCGACUGAAUGAAGCCUGUAUGCUCAAUGCUACGCUGUGUUCGACGCGUGUUCUUUCAGCACAACUUCUUUAACAUGCGUCGAUCUGAGUCUGUUAAUGAACCUUGCAAUGCUCGCAAGGCAUUGCUUGUUCUUUUCAAGAGUCUUUUCUCGUCAAAUUACAGCCGUGCAUUUUAAAACUCAUUUUUGUUCACUCAAUUGUUUGAUAUUUUUCUUAUCUUAUUUGCACCUGCACUCAACAUGCAUUUUUACUCUUUCAUACGUCUCGUAUAACCUUAUCUCGAGCAUGCAUUUUUACUAUGCAUCAACGAGGGCCAAUUUAAUGCCGUUCUCAAUUCAAAUCUCAAUAUCUAAUUGAAGUUGUAAAGUUACGAUGAGGUCAAGCUGUGACCUAUUUUACCUAACAAAAUACUGCUGCUAUAUUCUAUCUAACCACUCCGACAAAGAGUUGUAAACUUUGAUUAAAAUAUCAGAUAGUUGUCUCCAUCUUCGAUUGCAAUUACAAAGACCAAGAGGAAAAAUUCAUAAAUUCGUAAUAUUAAAAGUUGAGCUUCACAGAGUCAAGACAACCAUUUGACUGAAUGAUCUACUGACCAUGUCUUUCCACACAAUAUGUACGCGUUGGAUGAUAUGCAUCAUUCUUCGGUCACCAUGACGGCAACAGAUCAACAAAAUGAUGAUUGUUUGAUGGCAUGGUUGAACUAUUAUAUAUAGUUUAACCAUGGCUUGUUGGUACUCUCAUAACUUAUGAUCUUCACGUAAUAAAUGCGUAAUAAUAAUUCCAAUCACUAACUCCACUCUGCCGCAAUUUCAUUGCAUUAUUUAGCUAUUUUUCUUCAAUUAUUCCGCAUGUUUUUAAUCUUAUAUUUAUAGAUAUCUUACUUGUAGUCAUCAUUAUUAGGCCUGCAGUUCUGCAAGUAGCGUAAGAAGGGGAAAGUACGUCUUCAAAUUUUCAAUCCAUUCGCCGAUAACACCGAGGGUUCUUGAGAUACACUUAUGGGUUUUAGCCUCCAAAUAUGAAUCCUACUAUUGAGUUGAAUAUUAUUGAAUUUUCUAUAUUAAAGUGAUGAAUAUUGAUAUAAAUAAAAUUGUAAUUUCGACUGAGGUGCAUGUGCGUGGGAUUUUUGGCCUUAAUUCAACGAUCACUUCCUGAGGACCAGAACAAUGGCCGGUCGAUGCUUUGGGCAAAUUGUUUCAGUAGUCGUAGUAAAGGAGUGUAAAACUAUAUCUAGUGUUUAAAAUUCGAUGUAAAAAUAAAUAAAUAGCUGGAU